GUGGCAUCUACUCCAUGCCACGCUGACCCACCCACGCAUCCGCGCUCUCCCCGCCCACAUUUCCACGGGGCCAGGGGCGCCGGCGCGGGCACGGCGGGACGCCAGCUGGCGGGGAUGCCGCGCAAGGAUAGCAGCAGCAGCAGCGGCGAAGGCGGGAGCAAGAAAAAGAAGAAUACAGAGCAGCAGCGCUUCCGCUGCGAGCACCCCGGCUGUGGCAAGUCGUACUCGCGGCAGGACCAUCUGCAGCGCCACCGGCUCAACCACGACAGCGAUAACAUCCUCGCCUGCACGCAGUGCGACCGCACCUUUGUCCGCCAGGACCUGCUCAUCCGCCAUCUCGAGCGCCAUGCUGUCCGCGGAAAGAACCUCGGGCGGUGGAUGAACCGCGUCGCGUCGGACGCGCCCCCUGCUGCUGCCGCCUCCUCCUCUCCCAGGCAGAGUCAACGCAAGCGUCGCAAAGUCGACGAGGGCGACGCCCACACCGCAUCUGCGCAUCACCAGCGCAGCGGCAGCGGCAGCGACGAUGACGGUGGCAGCGGCGGUAGCGUGCAAGGCGGCAGCAGCGAAGAUGACGAGGAAGUGGAGGAGGAGGAGGAGACUGCCGGCGCGUCUCAGCAUGGCGCAGCGCCGCCCCAUUCCUCCUCUUUCGCCGCGUGGAGCACCGCUUCGCCCGACCACGCGCAACCGUAUCCACAGGCACCGCCUCCAUAUUACCACCACCACCAUCAGCAUCAUCAGCAUCAGCAUCAGUACCACCCGCCUUCCGCGUCGAGCAGCAUGAACGGCAGUGGCGGUGGCACCGACCAACCGUCCAUGUACAGCGCAUAUACGCAUCAGCAUGCGCAUUCUGCACACACACACGCCCACGCCUACCAGCACCCCUCGACGUCUGCGCCGUACGGAGCCGCUGCAGCGAGGGCCGCGUCUGCGCAGCCGUAUUGGCCACCGCCGCCGCAGCCUGCUCAUGCUGCAGGCGCAGCGCAUAAGGCAACUGUACACCCUCAUUCGCAUGUCCCCCCCCCGCCGCCGCCGGCCGCGUCGUCAGCAUCUGUACAUCCCGCGGCGCAUCACUAUUUGCAGCCUGUACCGCUGUCACUGCAGCCGCUGCCUCCGGCAACGGCAGAAGAAGAAGAGCGAGGCCCGACGACGGGAGCAGGAGCGAUAUUGCCCAAACUUGCACUGCUCGCGCCUGCCGACUGCAAGAGCGCCAGCCGGAGGAGCGACACGCAUUCUACUCCUUCAGCCGGCGGCUCCGGCACGGUCACGCGGAACGACCUCGAAAACGGCGGGGGCGGCGGCACGCCGAGUGCGGCGGGAAAGAAGAGUGCAAGCUACGCGCCUCCGCCUUCUGGUCCUUACUACAGUGAGUACCAUCAGCAGCGCCAGCAGCAUCGGCAGCACCAGCAGCACCAUGGCCAGCAGCAGCUCUCCCGCCACGCUAGCAACGUCCUUUUGCCCUCGAGCGGCAGGCGCACGUUCGCAUUUGCUACAGGCGCUUCUGGCAGCAGCAGCAGCUUGGCCGUGUCGCCGCAACUCGCCUCACGCGCGCUCGAAGGCGCAGGUGCAGGUGCAACCUCCCCACCAGCAGGGCUCAUAGGCGGCGGCAUUGCUCCCGGCGGCGGUUUUGCUGGUGUCGCUGCCGCUACCAGCGGCCAGGACUCGUUCCCCUUUGCGCCACCGCUCUCGUUCAACGAGGCAGAUUACAGCUGGCUCUUUGACGGCCUCGACCCGUUCAACGCCUCCGCUGGAGCCAGUGCGGGUGCUGGUGCGUUUGCGUCGCUCGACAGUCAUGCCGAGUUCGGCUCCGCGGCGCUCGACGCGCUCGCCGCCAGCGGCACACAUGACUCGUUCCCAGGCGACAUGCAUCACCCGGGCUUCUCUCCGGUUAGCUCUGACGGCAUCGGUCCCGGCCCGGCCUUUCCGCCCGAGGCGCGCACGCCCAGCCUCGGCGGGACGCUACUCAUCCGCCCCGCGCCCGCGCCCCUCGCCUUCGGCCCGGAUGGCGCCACAGCCCCCUCUGCCGGGACCGGGCCUGCGACCGCUGCAGACUCUCUGCCCGGUGGUACACUGGAGGGGAACGGGGAUAGCGUCAACGGCGGGAUGGUGGCUGUUGGGUCUGGUGCGCAGAUGCAUGCGCAUGUGCGCGCCGCUGCAGACGGUGACAGCCAUAGCACAGGGGUCGGCAGCGUGGCAGAGUCGUUGGCGUCGCUACGCGAGCUGGACCCGAUGAACUCGCUCGAUGAGCUUGCCUUCUUUGCUAGCUUGCAGGCCGAGAUCCCCGACGAGGCGACGUACAACGUCGAUGCCGAUACGCACAGCCGCCUGUUGCGCUUCCUCACGUCGGUCCAUGAGCUGCACACGUCGCCGCUGUUCGCACCCGCGGCGCUGCAGUGCUACAUCUUCCUCUUCUUCAAGCACAUCCAUGUCCUCUGGCCCCUAAUCCACAAGCCCACAUUCAACGCCAGCACCGCCGAUCCGAUGUUGCUGAGUGCCAUCAUCGUGAACGGCAUGCACUACGCCGACACGCCGUCCCAUGAGCUUGCGGUCCGCAUCGGACAAAAGCUCUGGGGUGCCUACGUCAGCCUGGACGACUUUCGCCCCGCGCGCGCCACCUUGCCGAUGCUCCAAGCGCUCCUCCUCACUGAGCUGUUUGGAAAGCUGAUGAGCAACCGGGCGCAGCACGAGAUGGGCCACCUCUUCCACAACUUUAUAAUCACACUUGCCCGCCGCAAUGCCGUCUUCAGCCCGGUUGCUGUGAUCCUGCCAGGCCCAGACGGCUCGGACCAGCAGUGGCGUGCGUGGGCGCGUGAGGAAGAGAAGAGGCGCAUUGCCUUCUUUGCAUUCAUGCUUGAUUCCUCGCACGCCGCGCUCUUCCGGCACAUCCCCGCGCUCAGCGCAUUCCAGGUGCAGCUCCUGCUUCCUUGCCAUGAAGACGAGUGGCGCAAGGACUCGCCAGACGCCUGGUUCAAGUACCGCCGCAGCUCCCACUACCGCCCCUCGACGCCGUUCAUCCAGGCCGUCAAGGCAAGCCUCAGCCCGGCCGGCAUCCCCCCCGCACUCGACACGUUCUCCAAGUACAUCCUCCUCCACGGCCUCAUCAGCAUUGCGUUUGACCUCCAGUGGAAGCAAGUUAAUGUUCUCAUGGGAGCCGACACGGAGGCGGGGGUCAGCAAUUGGCGCGAGCGCCUGAGUGCCGCGUACUCUUCGUGGAAGAGCCGGAUGGACCAAACGAUGCUCGAGUCACUCAUGAAGGGCAACCGGUCUAUGUAUAAGUCCAGCACCAGCCUAGUCUGCUUGGGGCAGAUUGUCCUCCAUUGUGAUUGUGUCGACUUGCAGAUCUUCGCUGGCCUGCCGUCGGUCCUGGGAAAGUUCAUCGAUCGCGGCACGUACUACGCAUCAAAAAUGGCACUGAAGGAGUGGGCAGCGAGUCCGAUGAGCCCUAUCGCCGUGUGGUACUCUGUCAACUUCCUCCGUAGCUUCCUCCUUGGUACGGGGCCCUUUGCCACAGUAGUAUUCGAGGACGACUACGACGAGAGCGACGGCUUGGCAAAAGCCCCGCACGCCAACGGGACCGAAUCGCCCAACAGACCCUUGCACCGAAAGGGGUUGACAAAGCAAGGGCUAGAUUACGACAUUCCAGGGCACUGGGUGUGCUAUCUUUCCUCGUUGACGAUUUGGGCUUACGGGAUCUUUACAGGUCACCGAAACCGCGCGCUCGACUCGUCUUCGAAGCCAUGGAUGUGCUUCGAGAAUCCAACACGAGCCCCAAGCCUUUCAGACGCCGCAUCAGCCGCGGUUACCUCGGUGUCGUCGCGCAGGCGUGAGGCGCCGUUGAUCGUCAACUUCCGCGAGGAUGAAGCGGCCGCCUGCCUCGAGCGUCUCGCCACGCGCACACCGGAGGAGCUGCAGCAAAUCGAUGUGCGAAGCAACGUGAAUGGCAUGCUAGAGCUUGUAUACCGCGAAGUGCGCACGUCUAGGUGGGCACUGGGCAGGGAGGCAGCUGGCGUACUUCGCAAACUGUUCACGGCCCCAGCUGCUCCAACCACGGCAGUGACGCCUGCGCAGACGCGGCCGAAUACCCCGCGAGGCGAUGUUAUGGCAGGGGACUUUGCCAGAUCCAAAAAUGGGGUGGCACCGGGGGCAAAGACGGCAGAUAAGCCGGAUGCGCCCGCAGCAGCCGCGGCGGUCACUGGGGAUAAUUCCAAACAGAAAGAGGAAUAGCCCUUAAUAGUUUUAGAAGGAACGGCGGUCCAUGAUGGCGCGUUUCCCUUGACAAGCAGCGCUCGAGUUGACGAGGCUUCUAUAGCAGGCUACUCGCAUUUCAUCGUGCCUUUGGAGCGUAUCGUCACGUAUCACUGCAGCUCACGUCAACAGUGAUAUGAUUGCACGUACGUGUAACAUCCGUACAAGCAUUUACAGUGAGCGCGUCUAUCGCUGAGGGUGCACAGUGAUCAUAUUCUUUCCCAAGGGGAAUAUCAUUCGGCGGGUUGCAUCAGGGUGGCCACCACUGAGCAGCCCAAUUGAUGGCUUCAGCGUUCUCAGUAGAUGCUUCACUGGCAUAGAGAGCCUCUUGAUGGAAGGCUAAUGCUCUUCGACUGAUGCCACUUGGCAGGUGCGCUGCGGAAACGU